AUGACGGUGCUCCACUUGCACCUGUACCUCACUGCCUUGGGCUUCUGGCUGACACAGCAGUCCAGCUCCUUCCUGCUGCCCAAUGCCACCGAAGUCCUGUCCCCCUCCGGGGGCAGAGCCGCGGGCCUGCUCUGGGGCGUGGGGGUCCCCCGGAGCCGUCGGAAGCGAUACCUCUCCCCCCGUGACAUGAGCACAAUUUUGGAUUACCAUAACCAAGUGCGGGCACAAGUUUCCCCCCCUGCCGCCAACAUGGAGUAUAUGGUGUGGGACGAGCGGCUGGCCAGGGCAGCGGAGGCGUGGGCUGCACGCUGCCUGUGGGACCACGGCCCCCCCCAGCUGAUGAAAUACGUGGGGCAGAACCUCUCCAUCCACUCAGGCAGGUACCGCUCCGUCGUGGACAUGGUGAAAUCGUGGCACCAGGAGAAGCAGCACUACUCCUUCCCCCAUCCCCGCGAGUGCCACCCCCGCAGCCCCUCCAAAUGCAGCGGCUCUGUCUGCAGCCACUACACACAGAUGGUGUGGGCGUCCUCCAGCCGCCUGGGCUGCGCCCUCAGCACCUGUGCCAACGUGCAGGUGUGGGGCAGCACGUGGCGGCACGCCAUCCUCCUCGUCUGCAACUACGCCAUCAAGGGCAACUGGCUGGGAGAAGCGCCGUACAAAGUGGGGCGGCCGUGCUCAGCCUGCCCCCCCACUUAUGGUGGGGGCUGCUCCAACAACAUGUGCUUCACCGGACUGAAAUCCAACCAAGUCAGCUGGUUUUAG